AAGUUUAAUCCUGCUCGUUCCGCGUUUGUGUCUCGUGUUUGUGUUCGUUUGUUUUAAGGCUUCCGUGCUAAGCUCCGGGCAGGGGCAGCUUCUUUUCAAUUCUCACCGAUUUUCCUCUCUUACAACUUCAGAUUCGGCGGUUUUUCUUGUAAGGGUGUACAGUGUACUGUGAUCAUCGCGUGUGUGUUCAUGUUUACAGCAGUUCGGUGAUAGGAAGGGGAAAGCUGUGGGGUAUCUUUUCCAUGAAUGUGUUUGUGUGUGUGUGUAGUGUGUCACUGUAGAGUGUGUUCUGUGCAAACGCUUGUUUGCAAACGUGUCUUUCUCCAUCCCGAGCAAAAGCCAACCAUUCGCCCUGAAAAUGUCUCGCGUAUCGCGUAUCGUGUCAGUGUGAUAGUGAAACAGUGUUCUGAAGGCGCAGUUUUGUCGGGGGGAGGUUUGUCGGCGUAAUAAAAGUGCGGCCGUUAUUUGUGCAAAAUUUGGCCCAACAUCUUCCAACCUUCGCCGGCAAAAAAGCCAGCGCCUCCGAUAAAAGGCAAAGAGUGAAGCUAGCGCUGGGCAACAAAAGGAAGAAAAGUGUGGUGUGUUUAAAGUUUUGUCGCUUUUUGCGUGUUUUAUCGCGUAUCGUGUUUCAGCGUUUUACGGCGUGAAAAGUGUACAACCAAAAGCAAAAGAGUGUGUGUAUGCUGAUCCUACCCCGGCGGUUGGAUUAUGCACCGUGGGAUAAUGAAGAAACAAAUUUAACGGUUCCACUAGCAGGCUGGCGAACCCACCGACACCACCGACCGCAGCCCGGGACGCAAUGCUGGGCAAGCUGAAAAUGGCGGACAAGCAGAAGUACUCGGCACAGGAGACGAUACAGGCAAAGCUGCUCUUCUUCCCCGAGGGUACGCGCGGCAACGGUGACAAGCUGCUGCCAUUCAAGAAGGGAUGCUUCCACGUCGCCGUCGAAUCGCAAGCCUUCAUUCAACCGGUGGUCAUUUCGAAGUACCAUUUUUUGAAAUCCAAAGCGAAGAUCUUUAAACGAGGGCAAAAUAUCAUCAAAAUUCUACCGGAAGUGUCCUGCGCGGGCCUUUCCAAGGACGACAUUCCAGCGCUGAUGGAACGGGUACAGAAGAUGAUGCAGCGGGAGUACGAACAGCUGUCGGAGGAGUCCCUUUCGAUCAACAAUAUUAGUGAGGUGCAUUAGACUCAGCGAUUGGCGGUGGGUCUCCUCAGGCUCUGUACACGUGCAAUACAAAACAAUUGACCUGGGCAAUGAAUGUUUUAGGGGUUUAGGAAAAGAAAUCAAAAGCAGAAAAGACAGAGAGGAAUGCUGUCACCAAGUGCUUUUUUCCAGGUAUGGGAAGAAGUAGACAGGUUUACCAAUAUCAUCAUCAUCGCCUUAUCGCUACCGGAUAGACAGUAUAAAACAAACCUCCUCAUUGAACAGAGAGCUUAGUAGUGGCGAUUAGCGUUCGGUUUUUGUAUUUACCGGGAUGUGUGAAUUUAAGUUAUGUCUCUUCCACAGUCCAUUUUUUUCCCCUUCCAACAGGCACCUUUAGUUAUUGAAGAUUGAAAAAAUACGGCUAGCCAGUGUAGC